AUGCAUGUAAUAUAAAAACAAAGUACUUUUAAGAAAAAGAAUUUUAAAGAAAAGGUGAAUUAAUUCAGAAAAAUAGUAUUCAUUUUAUUAGAAGAUCCUUCAUCAAGUAGAUUGGCUGGCUUAAUACAGUAUAUCAUUUGUUUUACAAUUUUGCUAUCUUAAGUUUAAAUACUUUGUGAUUCGCUAUUUGAUAAUAAUUAAACCUAUAAUGAUUUAAGCAAUGAUUGUGAAAUCCUUAUUUUUGUUGUUUUUGUUCUAGAAUAUCUGUUUCGAUUGUCAACAUACACCGUUUAUGGCUACCCGAUAAAGAAGUUUUUAUUUUAGCAUAUGAAUAUAAUAGAUCUGUUAUCAAUAGCUCCUCUCAGUAUAAUUUCAUUAAUGUAUGGUAAAACUGCAUUAAAUGGAUUUAGAAUUUUGAAAUUGUUUAAAGUGAUUAGAAUAUUAAAAGUAAAGAGAUACUUGAAGGGAGUGGACAUUUUGUAUAAAAGUGUUGCAGAUAGCAUCUCUCAGUUUUAUUUUUUGAUAAUAGCCUUUUUAUAAAUAACUCUUGCUUAUGCGAUAGUUUUAUAUUAUUCGGAGCAUAUAGAAAAUGAUUUAGAAAUUGAAAAUGCAGUAUGGCUGGGAAUAGUAACCAUGACAACUGUGGGAUAUGGUGACUAUGUCCCAAAGACCAUAAUUGGUAUAAUCACCACUUGCAUUAUGGCCUUGAUGGCUAAUACAGUUAUUUUCUCUCUUCCUGUGGCAAUACUCAAUAUAGAAUUUCAAGAACUUUAUGGAAGCAAAAAAGAAGAAGAAUAGAUUAGUAUGCUUAAAAAGGGAAUGAGAACAGGGAGAAGAGAUUCAAUAAAGAAUAAAGAAUUUAGUUUCUUUAAUUAAAGACUACAAAUUAUUGAAUAAAGAAAUAAAGAGAUUCAGGAUCUAUUAAACAAGAGUAAUAAGAUGGCUAAAGAACUGACUAAAGAUUUGAAAAGGCUAUUUCUAUCAGUUAAUGAUGAUGCAGAUUAACUUCUUGAUAAUUUAAAUUCCCCCAGGCCUACAAAAUAAAAUGUAUUGUUAGUUAAGGCUAAUCUUUAUGAUAAAUUAGUCAGGGCCAAAAAGAAAAUUUAAAUUACAAGCAUCUUUAGGAAUUUAAAAUAAGAUUCCGAUUAAGAAUUAAAUGAGAGUCCCUUAAAUCAAACUGUAUCUGGUUAGAUAAACAAAUAAAAAAGCUUUUUUAGAAUGAUGUCUGAUAGAAAGCAAAACAAAAGAAAAAUAGGAAUAAAAAGUCACUCUUAUGAAAAUAUCAAUUAGUUAAUUGUACUCAGGAAUGAAGAGUAUGGUGAGUUACCUUUUGACUUUUUGAAUGAAGUACUUUUACAAAUUCAUGACGAUAUGUUUUUAGAUAUUGAUGAACAUCCUACGAAUUAAUAAAAGCAAUCUAUUAUCAUACCUGAAAGUAGUGAAAUAAUAAAUAGAGAACCAUCAUUUAGAAUCAAUUCAUUAUAUGGUUUUGACAGUCCUAUGAAUAAACUUAAUUAAACAAAUUGUGGAAGCUCGAAUUAGCAGAGACGAAAGAUUUCUGAUUUUGCAAGCUUAUUUGACAAGAAAACUGUUAUUAAUUUAAAAAGUACUUCUAUUCGUCCUUUUUCCGCUAAUGACUGUGGGUUGAGAAGUAUUACUGAAAUAUCAAAGGGCAAAAAGAAAAACUCAUUUACUAAACAGUAGAUUGAUGAAAUGCAUCAAAGAACUAAGCCUAAGAUGCCUCAUUAAUUUGUUAAUUCUAACAAUAAUCUUAAAGAUCUAGAUAGUGGCAAAAAUAAAGAUGAAUUUCGAUAAAAAUAUUCUAGAGCAUCAAUAGUGGAAUUAUAUUCUCCUCAUCAAUACUUAAAUAUUUAAGAAUAAUGUUCUUGUCUUGAAUGUCAAAACUAUAAUAUGGAAUAGAAUUAUUGA